AAAUUUUUAUUUAAGUACAUAUUAAAGAUCACAGUGAUACGUAUGUGAAAGUUAAGUGAGUAGUUCUGAUUUAUAAAUUUUGAGUUAUUCAUACUGUACUUCAGUAUUGAAACAAGAUGGGCAUUUUAUUUCCAACUUUAUUGGGAGAUUUGGUGGCUCUUAUAAUAACUGUGACGGCCUUAAUAAUAAUUUAUUUCCAAUAUGCCUAUACCUACUGGGCAAGGAAGGGAGUGCCGUAUAUCCAACCAAAAUUUCCGUUGGGAAAUUUGAAGACUUUCAUUGUAAAAUCCUAUGUCGUUGGUUCGGACAGUGCCAGUUUCUACAAAGAAUUGAAGAGCAAAGGUCAUAAAUUUGGCGGAAUUUUCACCUUGUGCCGACCUGUUUUGGUUUUAACGGAUCCAGAUUAUGUCAGAGACAUUAUGACCAAAGAUUUUCACAAUUUUAUUGCCAGAGGAGGUUACCACAUCGACGAAGAUCCAUUGUCAAAUCAUUUGUUUAAUGUGGGAGAAAAAACAUGGAAAGGAAUAAGAUCGAGAUUGACGCCCACAUUUACGACAGGAAAAAUGAAGAUGAUGUUCCAUACUGUUGUAGAAUGCAGCAAAUAUAUGGAUGAAUAUCUGAGUCAAAAAGCGGCCGUUAACGAAAACAUUGAUAUAUUGGACGUGGUAGCCUCAUUUACCACGGAUGUAAUUGGAGCAUGUGCUUUCGGCAUAAACUGCAACAGUUUUAAAGGCACAGAGGGUGAAUUCAGGGCAAUGGGCAGAGAGAUCUUCAUCAAACGUACUUUGUGGAGUAAAAUAAAGACGCUGCUUGCAGGGACUAUUCCGGAACUGGCGAUGAAAUUGAAACUGACAGUUGUUAGGGAAGACGUGUCCAAUUUUUUCUUUGGCACUGUACAAAACACCAUUAAAUACAGAAACCAGAACAACGUUACUAGGCCUGAUUUCCUACAGUUGUUGAUCAACAUCCAGAAGGAAGACCCUAACUUCACCAUGAACGAUUUGGUGGCUCAAGUGUUCUUAUUCUUUGUUGCUGGUUACGAUACUUCUGCGGCAACCAUGACUUUUACCAUCUUCGAACUGUGCAAAAAUCCUGAUAUCCAGGAAAGAGUUAGAGAGGAAAUCCUUGAGGUGCUCGAGAAAAACAACAACGAAAUCACGUACGAAAGUUUGAAUGAGAUGAAAUAUUUGGGACAAGUGAUCGACGAGGCUUUGAGGAUGUAUCCUCCGGUUCAAACUUUAACCAGAACUUGCACGAAGGAUUAUACACUAAGAGAUACAAAUAUUAUCAUUCAAAGAGGUACGCCAGUCUAUAUUCCAUUAUGUGGCUUCCAUAUGGAUCCAGAAUAUUAUCCUGAACCAGAGAAAUUCGACCCGGACCGAUUUUCACCGGAAAACAAAGCGCUUAGACAUCCAUACGUUCAUUUACCUUUCGGGGAAGGACCCAGAAAUUGCAUAGGCUUAAGAUUCGGUGUUAUGCAAUCUAGACUUGGACUGGUGAGAAUUUUAAAGGAUUAUAGACUGAGCCUCAGUCCGGAUACUAAGGUUCCCCUGACUUUUGACGGUACAUUCUUUUUGGUCAGAUCUAAUGAAACAAUCCUAGUGAAGGCUCAGAAAAUCAAAAGUUAAUAGGGAUAGAAAUUCGAUUUGUUCCUAAAUAUUUUUUAGUAUUUUUUAUUAUAACUAUUUUAUUAGUUUAUAAAUAAAUUAUUAGAUAAU